AUGCGUCGUUCCCCCUACUGCUGCUAUGCCUGCGGUCAUACAACGGAUCCAGGUCCACCACCAUCGCUCAAAGAGAUAUGGAUCUCCUCCUCGCUCAAUGCAGAUCCAAGCGCUAAGGUCGCUGACAAUGUCUGCCAUGGCGUAGCCACAGGAGCCAAAGAGUACAAACAUCAGCACCGUAUAAAGCCAGAAUGCCAGAUCGAGUCUGAUGUGAAAGUAGACAGAAAACCGAUGGAAAAACGCUACCAAUAUCAUAAGGUUAUACACAAAGAGUGUGACUGGGGUGGGCCCCAUGCCGGUCACAAAUUGCGGUUCACCGGCUUUGGUCUGGAGUCAGAUUGGGAGUAUGCAGGCAGCGAAGAAAGUAAAUUUGAAAGCUGGGAAUCGCAAGUUUUGUACGCUGCCAAGUGA